UUUCUUCUCACUUCUGUUUGUGUUGGUUGCUUUGAUCCAGGACCGGUCCUUGCCAUUCUGCCGCCCAAGGUGAGACCAAAAGAUGCCGCCCCCGCAAAACUAGAAUAGUCACAGUGUGGUAGCCGAGAUCCAGGUUUCCCAGGAUGCCGUUGGUGAAGAGGAGUAUCGAGCCCAGGCACCUGUGCCACACGGUGCUGCCGCGGGGCAUUAAGAACGAGCUGGAGUGUGUGACCAAUGUGUCCCUAGCUAACGUCAUCCGACAGCUCAGCAGCCUCAGUAAGUAUGCAGAGGAUCUUUUUGGGGAGCUGUUCAACGAGGCCCACUCCUUCUCCUUCCGGGUCAACUCCCUCCAGGAGCGCGUGGACCGCCUCUCUAUCAGCGUCACUCAGCUAGAUCCUAAGGAGGAGGAGCUAUCUCUCCAGGACAUUACUAUGAGGAAGGCAUUUAGGAGCUCCACCAUCCAGGACCAGCAGCUGUUUUCCCGCCAGUCGCUGCCCAUCCCCCUGCAGGAGACGUUUGACCUCUGCGAGCAGCCACCACCCCUCAACAUCCUCACACCCUACAGGGAUGAUGGUAAGGAGGGGCUGAAGUUCUACACAAACCCCUCCUACUUCUUUGACCUGUGGAGAGAGAAGAUGCUGCAGGACACGGAGGACAAAAGGAAAGAGAAGAGGAAACAGAAGUUGCAGGACCCCGGCAUGUAUGAUCAGGUCUAUAGGUACUUAGACCUCCCAGGGCAGGUAAGGGGAAACAACAGUACUCUGGAGACUGAGAAAGUACCCCGGGCUCCUCACGACCGGAAGAAGGAGUGGCAGAAACUGGCGCUGGGGGCGGAGCUAGCUGAGGACGACUCUGAGGAGGCCUUGAAAGAAAGAGAGGCCAACGGCUCUGCCAACUACCACGACAGGUCUGGAGCUCCUAUGUACUUGGAAGGGAUGGACGGGCCGUUCUCCCUAGCAGCGCUGCCCUACAGUCAAAUGAACGAGCUGCUGAACCGCCCUGGGGACAGAAUGUACACGCGACCCCACGACCCCCCACCACUGCCCCCAAUGCACCCUCUGGGAGACAUCAAACCCCCCUCCAUGAUCAGCUCCAGUUCAGGUUUUUCAGACAGCAGACCCCAGUCUCCAGCACAGAUGCAUGGCUUCAAUUCCAACACCCCUCCCCCUCCACCUCCCCCCUUGCCUCCUCCUCCUCCCCUGCCUUCCAUGUCCAGCUCUGGCCCACGGGGCACCCCUCCCCCUAUCCCUCCUCUACCAGUCCAGCAGCAGACCCCGGCCAUCCCCCUCCCCCGCCCCCUCCAGAUUGCCCCUGGCGUCCUCCACCCUGCCCCUCCUCCCGUGGCUCCUCCCCUCCACCUCUUCCCGGCACGCCUCCAACAGAUCCUGGACAAGGGCCCGCCCCCUCACCAAUCAGAUGGCACUGUACUGCCCCCGCCCCCUCCUCCUCCUCUCCCCCUCCCAGGAGCACGGAUCUCCUCCCCCUGCCCGCCAGGCCCGCCCCCUGUGCCUUCCUUCCUGUCAGGUGCCGUGGGGUCCCCAGCCUCUCACUCCAGUGGGAAGAAACAUUCUGUCAGCCUGCCGCCCAUCAGUGACGCACGCAGCGUCUUAUUGGAGGCCAUCCGCAAAGGUAUCCAGCUCAGGAAGGUGGAGGAGCAGAGGGAGCAGGAGGCGGCCAAACACGCGCGUGUGGGGAACGACGUGGCCACCAUCCUGUCCCGACGCAUCGCCGUCGAGUACUCCGACUCGGAGGAUGAGUCGGAGUUCGACGAGGGAGACUGGAUGGAGUGAAUGAGAAGGAGGGAGAGGAGAAAAGAAGGGGACAGAGGGCAAAACUGUCACUCAACUGUACCCCCUUUCGAGACGUCAGAAGUUUGUCCUUACAACUGCUCUCCUCUGUCAGUCCUGUUUUACUUCCCUUUCAUGCACUACUCUACACCUCUCUCUCUCUCUCUCUCUCUCUGUCAAUUACUGUUCUUCUAUGUGUGUUCGGAUGAAAAGCUCCACGUCAGUUGUAUGUUCCAUGUGUUCUGGUCGGGUUAUGUUUUUAUACUCAUUUUUCUACACUACUGCACAUCGUUCAGUUGCUGUCAUGUUAUUUUCAUAUAUUAUGAAAUCCUCCUCGUGUACAGUUGUUUCAAAAAUAACCUUUUAAAGAAAAAACGUUUUGUUUUGUUUUCCUGUUUGUUUCUCGCUGUUCAGUAUUAUAUUAUAUUAUUAUAUUAUUAUAUAUAUAUUUAUAUAUAUAUUAUAUUAUUAUUAUUAUUAUAUUAUAGCGUAACAAAGUGGCAUGACACUUCUGUCCUUAGUUCUGUCCUGCCUCCUGGUGGGCCAAAGUGGAGAUGAAUGGAUUCUGUAUUUUAUUAUCUCUUCUUGGAGUUUCUUUUCUACCAGAAAAACACAUGCAGUUUUUCAAUGGGCCAGUUGUUGCCAAUAUGAACUACUUGAAGGAUGGUAGCCAUCCUGUAUACCAGUCGGCUGGGGUUAUUUGCUGAUGUGAUUUAUUGGAGUUGUUCUGUGUUUUAUAUCAUCCGGAUUUGACUUAUCACCUUAGAACAAGGAAAAUAUUGUGAUGAUGAUAUGUUAUGUGAUGAUUGUUGUCUGAUUCUGAUGAUGAAGAUAAAGAAGAAUUAUGGUGAGAUAUUAGAAUAAUCAGAACCACUUAACAGUAGUGUCCCACUGGGAACACAGGUUUAAUCAACGUUGUUUCCAGUUAAUUUCAAUGAAAUGAUGUUGAACCAACGUGGAAUAGAUGUUGAGUUGACGUCUUUGCUCAGUGGAGUCGGAGCAAUAGGAACCACUUUUAGAAGGCAGAUUAUUUCCUGGGUUCCCUCUCUGUGUGUCAACUAACGAGAAGCCUUACCUCGUUUGACUCUAGAACACUAAAUAAGGGCUCUAUUCAAUCUGUAUCGCUGAAGCGUUACAGAUUGUGCAAUACACAUUUUAAGAUAAUUUCCGAUUGAGCCGACAGGUGCUGCGUUUACUGUGAAUGCGGUCUCCGUUAACUUGGUAAAAUUGCCUUUACAUUUCAAUCACGCUGUAAUGCUGAUCUUCAGCGAUACACAUUGAAUAGAGCCCUAACAGUUACUAUGAAGAAUUUAAAUGAAUUAACGCCAUUAGUCUACCCGUGUUUCUGCUGCCAAGGGGGUGGGGCCAUGAUAAGAAAGAAGGAUUCAUCUGCCUUCACGGCUCCCUUUGAAGAUGCCUGCAGUCCUUUUCUUUCUUUUGUUCUUUCUUCUACUUGCCUUAUUGUUUGUACAGACAUAUCGUUGAGUUGAUGAAUGUAUUGUGCUGUUACUACUUUUUGCCUGUUCUGGUAUGAAUUAACUGUUUCUAUAUUUGGGGAGUGGGAGAGAGGAAAAUGAACCCUGGGUUCAAACAAUAUGCUGUAUAACAUGUAACUGUUGACUGUAACAGUUUGCUUGAGUUAAUAAAAGCUAAUGUUAUGUUUCAGGA